CAGCGUUUUUGGCGCACGCGAGCGAGCGCUUGUUAUUUGGAAUUAGUUUUCUUUUGUAUUUGGUUUAUAGGUAGCGAAAUUAAUCUACAUAAUGAAAUUGACCGCGGGUUCACACUCCGAAAUAGAGGGUGGAGGAGCCCAAAGCAAUACACUGCUCCAUUCCGCGUCCGAACUGGCCACCGACGAAGGAGCUGCGGGCAACGCCGAAUCGGUGGCAUCAGAAGUUUUGGACGCCCAACAGCCCACGGAGCACCAACCAAAAGUCACAGAAACUCCAAGUGCAGCUGCCGAUGCCGAGGCGACGGAUCAGGCGGACCCUGAUGCGGACGUGGACACCCAUACGCUUACAGGCAAACACCAGCAGCAGCAGCAGCCACGGCGCUCCGCUGUGAUCAGGAAGCGCGAUCUAAUCAAUUUACAGUCGAACCUGAGCCCCAAAUACAUUGGCUUUGCCAACGCCAACUCACCCACGCCGUUAUCCGACUCUGACGACACGGUUCGCUCGACACGCCGACGCGCCAACCAAGCGGCGGCUGCCCUCAACAGCAGCAGUACUGGCGAGAUCCUGUUCCAGGACAAUGCAUCACCCAAUACCACCAGGGAAGGUGACACCCUAAGCGGCGCAGGCGCGCAGCUGCACGACCGCGGCGGAAGCCAAAGCUACAUGAGCCCCAUCGAGAAGCUGUUGAUCAAGAACGGCGCCAAUUCGCCCAACAGCACAGGCUUUGAGGCGGAUGCCGAGGACCAUGGGAGCAUGCAGGUUCGAAAGCAGUUAAAGCAGCGCAAAAUGAAGCGAAUGACCAAAUCGAAGGCAGGCGAGGCCAUUGCUGACAUUGAAGAGAAGCCAGAGUCCCAGGACAAGGAGGGUCCUUCCAAUGAACAGACCUCGAACGAAAAUAGCCAAAUCGCACUCAUUAUUAAAUCCGAGACUGAUGCUGAGACUGAAGCUGUGCCUGCCGUGCAGCUGGUUGUGAGUCCGAAGGAUAGUUCCUGCUUGCAAGCCGAAGUGGAUAUGCAAACUAGCGAGUUGGCUAAAGCUGAAACUAUCGUAAGCGAAGAAGCAAAGGAACUAACAUUUGCCUUGCCCAUGGCCGCCUCCACAGAGGUGGAUAUGAGGUCACCACCACCUGACCUGAGUUCCACUGCCUCCGAGGUGAAUAGCAUGGUGAAAUCGCCCUCCUCUGUGAGCAUAGACAGCGCCAAGGGUAUGUCCAUUGUCACCGAUCCCGGUUGGCCCACCUAUCAAGUGGGUGAUCUGUUCUGGGGCAAGAUCUUCACGUACUGCUUCUGGCCGUGUAUGGUGUGUCCGGAUCCGUUAGAUCAGAUCGUUGGCAACGUGCAGAGUCAUCCACAGCGGGCGUCCGUGGACAAUACAUCGAUGCCCAUCCAGGUGCAUGUGCGCUUCUUCGCGGACAACGGAAGGCGCAACUGGAUAAAGCCUGAAAAUCUGCUGCCCUUUGCCGGUCUCAAGGCGUUCGAGGAGCAGCGUGAGGAAGUGCUGGUCCGGCAUGGUCCAAGGAGCGCCAAGUACCGGCAAAUGGUGCCCAAGAAGACGAAGAUUGCCAUUUGGCAUCAGGCCAUUGAUGAGGCCCAGAUCGUGACCCAGCUCCCGUACGCCGAACGUCUUGAGAAGUUCUUUGAAAUCUAUGAGAGCGUUGUCACUAUUAAUAAGCAACGGCGCAAACGAACCAGUUCCAUGAUGCAGGACACCUCGGAUGUGGGCAGCAGUCUGUACGACUCGAAUGACAAUCUGCACAACAGACCACUGAUGCUCGACCUGAAGCGGGAGCGGUCCGAGUCUCCCUUCAGUCCCGCCUUUUCACCCGUCAAGGUCAAGAACGAGAUGCGGGCCAAACGGCGUAAGCUGAGCGACGGCAACGAGGCUGAAACUGGCACCUCGAAUUCCCUGGCUGUGACCCCAUUACCAGGCCAGGUCCAGGCCCAAGCUGGAAGCAGCACUGAUAAGAUCCUCACUCCGGAUGCCAGCAUCUACGAGAAUCCCGAGUUCGGCCAGCUUUUCGAUGCUGUCAAGGAGUACGUGAUGGUGCACCGGUCGGAGGAGAGGGUGGAGAAGGUUUUGCUCGGCGUGGUCAGCAACAUCUGGUCGCUGAGGUACAUCCAGAUGCGUGAGCUGGAGCGGGACAUAGCCAGCGGCGAUAUGGAUCAGCAGCUUGGUUCUUCGGUGUUGGAGCGUGGUCGGGGAGUUGGCACCAUCAAGCGGCUCUCGAAUCGCUUAAAAACGCUGAUGGUACGACGCAGCAUGACACCUGUGGUGGCGCCCAGUCCUACGUUCACGGAGCCAUCGGCGGAACGCCGGAUCUUGGAGGUGCCGAAGAUCAAGAAGGCUCUCAACCGGCCCAUUGACGAAGUGGUCCAGGACAUCCUGCAGCUGGACAGCAAGUAUCUCUUUCGUGGGCUAACCCGCGAGCCGGUGUGCAAAUACUGCUACGAGCCGGGCUACGAACUGCAGCGAUGUUCCAGCGGCUGCAACAGCUGGCUGCAUGCCGACUGUUUGGAACGCAAGAAGUCGGGACAGAAAAUGCCCAAGGCAGGCGGUCAAAAGAAGGACUUGUCCCUCCAACCGUCCACCUCCAAGUCGCCCAGUCCUACCGAUUCGGAACACAUAACAGCCGAUGCCGCGGUGUACACCACAAGCAGCACUCCCUUGGUGUGUCACGAAUGCGAAUCAGGCCAAGUCGAGGGUUGUGUUAUAUGUCACCAGAUAGAGCCGCCAUCUAACGAGGAGGAAUCCCAGCUACCACAAGCCGCCACCGAGAAUAAUCUUCUGACCUGUGGCCAGCCCAUGUGCGGCAAGCGCUUUCAUACGGACUGCUGCAAGUACUGGCCCCAAGCCAACACCAGCAAGCCUUCGCCGCGUUGCCCGCGGCACGUGUGCCACACCUGCGUGUGGCUCGAUCCCAGCGGCAAGUUUCAACAGGUGGGAAACUCCAAGUUGGCCAAGUGUGUCCGCUGCCCGGCCACGUAUCACCAGGACUCGCAUUGCAUUCCAGCCGGCACCAGGAUGCUCACUGCCACCCACAUCAUCUGUCCGCGACACAGCAUAAACAAGUCGGACGCGCACCUCAACGUAAUUUGGUGCUGCAUCUGCGUAAAGGGCGGCGAACUGCUCUGCUGCGAGACCUGCCCCAUCGCGGUGCACGCCCACUGCCGCAAUAUUCCCAUCGAGAAGAGCGAGAACUACAUCUGCGAGGAGUGCGAGAGCGGACGAAUGCCGCUGUACGGCGAGAUAGUGUGGGCCAAGUUCAACAACUUCCGCUGGUGGCCGGCAAUUAUCCUGCCGCCCCCCGAGAUACCCAAGAACAUAUUGAAGAAGCCCCACGGAGACAACGAUUUCGUUGUGCGAUUCUUCGGCACCCACGAUCACGGUUGGAUAUCGCGGCGUCGUGUUUACCUUUACAUUGAGGGCGACAAGCUCGUAGGAGAUACUCAGAGGACAAAGACUCUGUUGCACCGAUACUACAACACUGGCGUGGAGGAAGCAACGCGGUUUCUGCAGAUCGUCAAGGAGCGCCGGAAGGAACAGGCCAUUGGCCGGCAGAGCGCCAGUAAGCUGCAUCCGCCGCCCUACGUGAGGAUCAAGGCCAACAAGGCGGUGCCGCCAUUGCGCUUCACUCCGAACAUGGAGGAUAUCAGUGCCUGCGGCUGCCCAUCCGAUGCCGAGCAUCCCUGCGGCCCCGACUCUGGCUGCAUCAACCGCCUGCUGUUUAACGAGUGCAAUCCCGAAAUCUGCCGUGCCGGCCAGCGUUGCGAGAACCAAAUGUUUGAGCUGCGCAAAACGCCCCUUUUGGAGGUGGUCUACAUGAACGAGCGGGGAUUCGGACUGGUGUGCCGGGAGCCCAUUGCCCAGGGUGAUUUCGUGAUUGAAUAUGUCGGCGAGGUGAUUAACCACGCCGAGUUCCAGCAGCGCAUGGUUCAGAAGCAGCGGGACAGGGACGAGAACUACUACUUUCUGGGCGUGGAGAAGGAUUUCAUAAUCGACGCGGGACCGAAGGGCAACCUGGCCCGCUUCAUGAAUCAUUCGUGCGAGCCGAACUGCGAGACCCAGAAGUGGACCGUGAACAGCAUCCAUCGCGUGGGUCUCUUUGCCAUCAAGGACAUACCCGCGAACACCGAGCUUACCUUCAACUAUCUGUGGGCUGACCUCAUGAACAACCGCAAAAAGUCAUGCUUCUGCGGGGCAACACGCUGUUCAGGGGAGAUCGGUGGCAAGCUCAAGAAUGUCCCAGCCAAGGAGGCAAACAAGGGAAAGACCGCCGAUAAACUGAAGCAGAUGCGUCGCGGGAAAGGUGCUCCUGCCUUUCGCAUCCAUGUCAAGAAAAUUAAGAAGCCCACAUAGCCAAGAAGCACCCAAAAGGGGUUACCUAGGCUUAUGAAUUAUGAUGACUCAAGCUAUAUAUUUUUUAACAUUCAUUGUUUUUGUAUUGCGGAGCCGAGCCUCCGCCUUUUACCUGCGCCACCUGUAUUUAUUUACCACACAGUUAGUUACUUACGUUUAGUAGACCAAUUGGUUCGCAGUUUGUUCACCAGCAUAAAGUUAUUAAAAUAAACCAAGAUGCUCUUUUAA